UUGUUGGAGAACCCUUCGAAAAACUUUUGAGAUUGGCUUUGUGGUUGCUGCUGCUGCUUGUUAGAAACUGCUGAUCAUAGGCAGUUCAAGCAGCAAUUUCUGAAGGUGGUGGUUUGUGCAGGGGUUUCCAAGUACACGAGAACCACACCAUGGCUGCCACUACAGCCUGCAGAACCGGCCUCAAGUUUGCUGCAGGCCUCAAUGCAGCCAGCCAGACCCGCCAGAUUUCGUCCGCGAGUCGGAUCGGUGGCCUGAAGCUCCGCGUUCCCGAAUCCGCUACGCUGGUCAAGAAUGCUCGGCCUCAGGUCAGCAUGGUGCUUGCUGUGCCGCCGAUGACUCUCGGCGACGACCCCAAGGAGCCGCAAUCCGGCCAGGAUUUCGACGCCUCUGCUCCUCCGCCAUUCACGCUGGCGGAUAUCCGCGCGGCGAUCCCGAAGCACUGCUGGGAGAAGGACGCGCUGAAGUCUAUGGCGUAUCUCGUGUGGGACGUCGCCGUGGUGUUCGGCCUGGCUGCUGUCGCGCAAGCGGUGGAUCAAUGGUGGCUCUGGCCGGUGUACUGGCUUGCUCAGGGCACCAUGUUCUGGGCGCUCUUCGUCAUCGGUCAUGACUGUGGUCAUGGGAGCUUCUCCAACAACAAGGCUUUGAACGACGUGGUCGGCCAUCUGACACAUUCCUCGAUUCUCGUGCCGUACCAUGGAUGGAGGAUUAGCCACCGCACACAUCACGCCAACCAUGGCCACGUGGAAAAUGACGAAUCGUGGCAUCCAAUUUCCAAGGACAAGUAUGAUCAAAUGGAGUUUUGGUCCAAGGUCGGACGACUCAAGUUCCCGUGGCCUCUCUUCGCCUACCCAUUCUACCUGUGGAAGCGGAGCCCUGGCAAGGAUGGUUCGCAUUUCGAUCCGAACUGCGAUCUGUUCACGCCCAACGAGAAGAACGACGUCCUCACAUCUGCGACGUGCUGGUGGUCCAUGGUUGGAAUACUGGCCGCGCUCACCGUCUUCAUGGGACCCGUCUCGAUUUUCAAGCUCUACGUUGUUCCGUACUGGAUUAAUGUCGUAUGGCUUGAUGUUGUCACUUACCUGCACCACCAUGGCUAUGACAAGAAGGUUCCGUGGUACAGAGGCGAGGAGUGGAACUACAUGAGGGGUGGUCUGUCAACCAUUGACAGGGAUUAUGGCAUCUUCAACAAGAUUCAUCACGACAUUGGAACGCACGUGGUUCAUCAUCUCUUCCCCCAAAUCCCCCACUACAACCUCACAGAAGCGACGGAGGCUGUGAAGCCGGUCAUGGGAGAAUACUACCGCGAGCCAGAGCCCAGCCCUGGGCCAAUUCCCACCCACCUAUACAGGCCUCUCUACAAGUCCUUCAGCGAGGAUCAUUAUGUUCCCAGCGUGGGCAAUAUUGUGUUCUAUGAGAGGGAUGAGAAGUUGUAGAUUGCGUUCUGUGACUAUCCCCUCGGCGUUGCUUCUCUAGCGCUUCAAGAAUGCUGAGCGCGUCCUCCAUUCUUUGCUAGUACCAAGGUUUUCUGUUCGAUCUCUCAACAAAUACUGCGACUAACUGGUUUCAGACAAAUACGAGUACCCCAUUUGUGGUAGAAGGUUUCUGAAAUGAGUUGCACU